CUCUCUCAAACCUCAUUCUCUCACUCUCUCUCUCUCUCUCUCUCUCUCUCUGUAACACAAACAAGACAAGCAAAUUGCUCUCUCUGUCUAGAGAGUAUGGGCUUUCCUGUAGGCUAUACAGAGCUUCUACUUCCAAAACUACUAAUUCACACUCUUUCUUUUCUGGGUUUCAUUAGAAAGCUCAUAAGCACCAUGUUUCGCUAUUUGGGUCUUCCUGAUUUUCUUGAACCCGACAUUUCUUGGCCCGAAACUCCACCUCGUGUCCCUGAGUUUUGCUCCGUCUCUGCUGUCCUUAUCCGUGAGAUCCUUCCCGUUGUUAAGUUCGCCGAUCUUGUUGACCCGCCGGAUAGCUGUGCUGUCUGUUUGUACGAGUUUGAAGACCAAGACGAGAUCAGACAGCUCACUAACUGCCGCCAUAUCUUUCACCGGAGUUGCUUGGACAGGUGGGUCGGUUAUGACCAGAAAACAUGUCCCUUGUGUCGGACGCCGGUGAUUCCUGACGAUAUGCAAGAAGCUUUUAAUGAAAGACUAUGGGCUGCUUCUGGAAUUCCAGAAUUUUAUGGGGAGUAUUCUCAAAUUGCUGGCUUGUAGAGUUUAGAUUCAAUAAUGAUCAAACCCCAUAAAAAUAGGGGGGAAAAAAAAAAAAAAAAACAAUUUUAUUAUAUUUUUUUAACCUUAUUUGCCUCUUUAGAGGUUUUUUUUCUUUUUUUUUCCUAGUUGAAAGGUUGGUGUUGUGUGUAUAUAUACAAAAUGAUGAGAAAAAAAGAAAAUUUGAGGAGAAUUAGAAUAUGGUUUUGUGUAUAGUUUCUUACCUUCUUCUCA